AUGACGAAGCUCAUCAUCGACGGCAAGGAAGUGGAAGUCCCGGCGGACUACACGCUGCUUCAGGCCUGUGAAGAGGCGGGCGCCGAGGUUCCGCGCUUUUGUUACCACGACCGGCUGUCGAUAGCCGGCAACUGCCGCAUGUGCCUGGUGGAAGUGAAGGGUGGGCCGCCCAAACCGACCGCGUCAUGCGCCAUGGGCGUAAAAGACCUGCGCUCGGGGCCCAAUGGCGAGCCUCCCGUCGUCGAAACCAAGUCCGAAAUGGUCAAGAGCGCGCGCGAAGGGGUGAUGGAGUUCCUGCUCAUCAACCACCCGCUCGAUUGUCCGAUCUGUGACCAGGGUGGCGAGUGCGACCUGCAGGACCAGGCCAUGGCCUACGGGGUCGACGGGUCGCGUUUUCACGAAAACAAGCGUGCGGUCGAGAACAAGGAAAUCGGUCCGCUGAUCAAGACGAUCAUGACCCGCUGCAUCCAUUGCACCCGUUGCGUCCGAUUCACCACAGAGGUGUGUGGCGUAACCGACAUGGGUCUUGUCGGUCGCGGUGAAAAUGCCGAGAUCACCACAUAUCUUGAAGCGGCCCUGUCAUCGGAGAUGCAGGGAAACGUGGCGGAUCUGUGCCCGGUCGGUGCUCUGACGCACAAGCCUUAUGAAUUUCAUGCGCGUCCAUGGGAACUGACCAAGACCGAGAGCGUGGAUGUCAUGGAUGCGGUCGGAUCCGCGAUCCGUGUCGACUCCCGUGGCAAGGAAGUCAUGCGCGUCAUGCCGCGCCUGAACGAGGAGGUCAACGAAGAAUGGAUCUCCGACAAGUCCCGGUACAUCUGGGAUGGUCUCAAGACGCAACGCCUUGAUCGUCCCUAUGCCAAGAAGGACGGCAAGCUGCAGCCUGUCUCCUGGACGGAAGCUUUCCAGAUCAUCGCCGAAAAGGUGAAGGCUACGUCGGCUGGCAAGAUCGGUGCGCUCGCCGGGCAGUUGGCCAGUGUCGAAGACAUGUUUGCGCUGAAAUGCCUGAUGGAAAAGCUGGGCGUUGCGAAUAUCGACAGCCGUUUCCCGGGGUCGCCAUUGCAUCCUGGAAACGGUCGUGCGAGCUACAUUUUCAACUCCACGAUCCAGGGCAUUGAAGACGCUGACGCGAUCAUGCUGAUCGGCACCAACCCUCGGCAGGAAGCGCCUGUGCUGAAUGCGCGUAUCCGCGCACGCUGGACGAGGGGCGAUGUUCAUAUCGGGCUUAUUGGCGAAGACGCCGAUCUGACGUAUCCGGUGACUUACCUGGGUGCCGGGCCUGAAAGCCUUAAGCAGUUUGUCGACCACGCUCCGGCAAAGGCCGAGCGUCCCAUGUUCAUCAUCGGGCAGGGCGCUCUCAACCGUCCGGAUGGAGCUGCCGUUCUGGCCACUCUGGCGGCAGCUGCAAAAUCGCUCGGAGUUAUCAAGGAAGGCUGGAACGGUUUCAACGUGUUGCACACAGAAGCCUCCCAGGUCGGCGCGCUCGAUAUCGGUUUUGUUCCGGGUGAAGACGGCAAAGACACUGGUGCCAUGCUGGAAGAAGGAGCGCUUGAUUUGCUCUUCCUGCUCGGUGUCGACGAACUUGAUGUUCCGGACGGUGCCUUCGUGGUCUACCAGGGUACACACGGUGAUCGCGGAGCACAUCGUGCCGACGUGAUCCUGCCGGGCGCUGCCUACACCGAGAAAUCCGGGAUCUAUGUCAAUACCGAAGGCCGUGUCCAGAUGGCCGACCGGGCGGCGUUUCCGCCUGGCGACGCGCGAGAAGACUGGGCCAUUCUGAGGGCGCUUUCCGGAAAUCUCGAUCAGACGCUGGAAUUCGACUCGCUCGCCGAGUUGCGUGCGAAACUGUUCGAAGCCCAUCCUCACAUGACCGGUAUCGAUAUGAUCGAGACGGGUAAUGGCGCGGAUGUCGAAAAGCUGGCCGACGCGUCUGCCCGCAUGGAUGGUGCCAGAUUUGCCAAUGUGAUCCGUGACUUUUUUCUGACCAACCCGAUCGCUCGUGCCUCGAAAACGAUGGCCGAGUGUUCGGCGCUCGCAAAGUCGCGAGCGGCAGAAGCAGCUGAAUAA